AUGAGGAACCUGUCCAAGGCACUUCAUAACCUGAGGAAAUAUCUGCCACCCUCUGUGGUGCCAGCUGGGCGUAAUCUAACCAAGAUCGAAACCUUGAGAUUGACUAUAAAUUACAUUUCAUAUCUGUCAAAACUGCUUGGCUGUAAUGAAGAGACUAUGAAGCACAGAAGAAAGCCUCAUCAAGAUGUGGAUUCUGCCUAUCUACAGGUACCUGAGGGGUACCAAGAAAUGACAUGCAGACAACAACACAGCCAGCCACAGUCCCAAAGUUCACUCUCCUAUGACCAAGCACAACAAUGCGAGAGCUUUAGAGUUUCCCCAGCAGAAGAUGAACAAUCCCAGAUACAAGGAGAACCAUGGAUGUCAACAUCAACAUAUCACAGAAGUCAUAAACCCCUCACUGACUUCAGCUUAUCAACUACCUAUACCUCAAGGUUUACAAACACAUACCAGGUAACGUGA